CGCAGAUGCUUACGUGUCGGGAGGCGGAGCCCAUGAGAGCAAAUCCUUGCUUACACCCUCGUUCAGUCGCGGCUGUUGUGGUAUACCUACCUCCGCAGAGGCAUGGCAGUGACUGCCCGGUCCGCGCGGGCCCCGCCUAGCUCAGGUAAAGUACAGAAAGACAAGGCUGGACAGACCUCAGGCCCCAGGCAAGGCAGCCGAAUGGAGAAACUGUUGGGUUUUGAGUGGACAGAUUUGUCCAGCUGGCGGAGGUUAGUGACUCUGCUAAAUCGACCAACGGAUCCUGCAAGCCUGGCUGUCUUUCGUUUUCUCUUUGGGUUCUUGAUGGUACUGGACAUUCCCCAGGAGCGAGGGCUCAGCUCUCUGGACCGAAGAUAUCUGGAUGGGCUGGAGGUGUGCCGCUUCCCCUUGCUGGAUGCCCUGCACCCACUGCCACUUGACUGGAUGUAUCUUGUCUACACCGUCAUGUUUUUGGGGGCACUGGGCAUGAUGCUGGGCCUGUGCUACCGGAUAAGCUGUGUGUUAUUCCUGCUGCCAUACUGGUAUGUGUUUCUCCUGGACAAGACAUCAUGGAACAACCACUCCUAUCUAUAUGGUUUGUUGGCCUUUCAGCUGACAUUCCUGGAUGCAGACCAUUACUGGUCUGUGGAUGGCCUGCUGAAUGCUUGCAAGAGGAAUGCUCAUGUGCCCCUUUGGAACUAUGCAGUGCUGCGUGGCCAGAUCUUCAUUGUGUACUUCAUUGCGGGUGUAAAAAAGCUGGAUGCAGACUGGGUUGAAGGCUAUUCCAUGGAAUACCUGUCCCGGCAUUGGCUCUUCAGUCCCUUCAAACUGUUGCUGUCUGAGGAACUGACCAGCCUGCUGGUGGUGCACUGGGGCGGACUGCUACUUGAUCUCUCAGCUGGUUUCCUGCUCUUCUUUGAUGCCUCCAGAUCCAUUGGCCUCUUCUUUGUGUCCUACUUCCACUGCAUGAAUUCCCAGCUUUUCAGCAUUGGCAUGUUCCCCUAUGUCAUGCUGGCUAGCAGCCCUCUCUUUUGCUCCCCGGAGUGGCCCCGGAAGCUGGUAUCCCACUGCCCAAAAAGGCUACAAGAACUGCUCCCCUUCAAGGCUGCUCCUCAGCCCAGUGCUUCCUGUGUGUACAAGAGGAGCCGGGCCAAAGGAGCCCAGAAACCAGGGCUGCGCCAUCAGCUAGGAGCUGCCUUCACCCUGCUCUACCUCCUGGAGCAGCUUUUCCUGCCCUAUUCCCAUUUUCUUACCCAGGGCUAUAACAACUGGACAAAUGGGCUGUAUGGCUAUUCCUGGGACAUGAUGGUGCACUCCCGCUCUCACCAGCAUGUGAAGAUCACCUACCGUGAUGGCCUCACUGGCGAGCUGGGCUACCUUAACCCUGGGGUAUUUACACAGAGCCGGCGAUGGAAGGAUCACGCAGACAUGCUGAAGCAAUAUGCCACUUGCCUGAGCCGCCUGCUUCCCAAGUAUAAUGUCACUGAACCCCAGAUCUACUUUGAUAUUUGGGUCUCCAUCAAUGACCGCUUCCAGCAGAGGAUUUUUGACCCCCGUGUGGACAUUGUGCAGGCUGCUUGGUCUCCCUUCCAGCGUACUCCCUGGCUGCAGCCACUCUUGAUGGACCUGUCUCCCUGGAGGGCCAAGUUACAGGAAAUCAAGAGUAGCCUGGACAACCACACUGAGGUGGUCUUCAUUGCAGAUUUCCCUGGGCUGCACUUGGAGAAUUUUGUGAGUGAAGACCUGGGCAACACCAGCAUUCAGCUGCUGCAAGGGGAAGUGACUGUGGAGCUGGUGGCAGAACAGAAGAACCAGACUCUUCAGCAGGGAGAAAAAAUGCAGUUGCCUGCUGGUGAGUACCAUAAGGUGUAUACAACAUCAUCUAGUCCUUCCUGCUACAUGUACAUCUAUGUCAACACUACAGAACUUGCACUAGAGCAAGAUUUGGCGUAUCUGCAAGAAUUAAAAGAGAAGGUGGAGAAUGGAAGUGAAACAGGCCCUCUACCUCCAGAGCUGCAGCCUCUGUUGGAAGGGGAAGUAAAAGGGGGCCCUGAGCCAACACCUCUGGUUCAGACUUUUCUUAGACGCCAACAAAGGCGCCAGGAGAUUGAACGCCGGCGAAAUGCCUCUUUACGUGAGCGAUUCUUCCGUUUCUUCUUGCGAAAACUCUAUGUCUUUCGCCGUAGCUUCCUGAUGACUUGUAUUUCACUUCGGAAUCUGGUAUUAGGCCGUCCUUCCCUGGAGCAGCUGGCCCAAGAAGUGACUUAUGCCAACUUGCGACCCUUUGAGCCAGUUGAAGAAUUGAAUCCUUCAAACAUGGAUCCAUCAAAUCCUGACCCUCUUGAAUCAAAUUCUGAUCCUGUCCACUCAGAGUUCUGAGAAGUGCCAGAUGUCAGGUACAGCCUGGGGCUGAAGUUAAGGACAUGAUCAUAGCACACUACAGCCUCAAACUCCUGGGCUCAAGCAAUCCUCCUUCAGCCUCCCAAGUAGCUAGGACUACAUCUGUGAGACCACCACACUGGGCUGAGGUUUUGUAUUUUUUGUAGAGACAGGUCUUGCUAUGUUUCUAAGGCUGGUGUUAAACUCCUAGAUACUUCAAGCUGACCUCCCACAUUGUCUUCCCCAAGUGCUGGGAUUAUAGGUGUGAGCUACUGUGCCUAGCCUAUUUCAGAUUUUUAUUUUACACUUUUUUCUGUGUCUAGAACUUUUUUUUGUUCUUUUUUUUUUUUUUUUUUUUUGAGACAGAGUCUUGCCUGGUCAGAACUAGCAUGCAGUGUUAUCAUCGUAGUUGUUACAGCUUCGAGCUCCUAGGCUUGAGCGAUCCUCCCACCUCACCUUCCCAAAGUAGCUGGGAUUACAAGUGUAUGCUACCACACCUGGCUAAUUUUUCCUGUUUUUAAUAGAGAUGGGGUCUUCCUCUUUUUCAGACUGGUCUUGAACUCUUGAGCUCACACAAUCCUGUCUUGGCCUUCUAGAGUGAUGGGAUUACAGGUGUGAGCCACUGUGCCCAGCCAAAAGCUCUUUUUAUUUCGGAGACAAUAGCUCAGGGGAGCAAGGACAUGAAGCAAGGAUAAGACUUACUGGCUCAGCGCCUGUGGCUCAAGCGGCUAAGGCGCCAGCCACAUACACCUGAGCUGGUGGGUUUAAAUCUAGCCCAGGCCCACCAAACAACAAUGAUGGCUGCAACCAAAAAAUAGCUAGGUGUUGUGGCGGGUGCCUGUAUUACUAGCUAUUUGGGAGGCGGAGGCAGGAGAAUUGCUUGAGCCCAGGAGUUGGAGGUUGCUGUGAGCUGUGAUGCCACAGCACUCUACCCAAGGCAACAGCUUGAAGCUCGGUCUCAAAAAAAAAAAAAAAUAGAUUUAUCAAUUCAAGAUUUCAAGAUUGAGGGGUCAGAAAGAGGUUUAGAACCCAUUUGUAGAGGGCGGCGCCUGUGGCUCAAAGGAGUAGGGCGCUGGCCCCAUAUACUGGAGGUGGCAGGUUCAGACCCGGCUCCAGCCAAAAACUGCAAAAAAAAAAAAAAAUACAAAACAAAACCAGAAAACAUUUGUAAAUUAAAUGUCCUCCUAGGAUAAGAGGUUAAGUGUCAGGUCUAAAGUGACUGAUUCUGUACUGUGAUAAAUAUAAUCUGUUCCCAAGUGCUUUGCUAUGUGCUGUGCACUGUGUGAAACCGUGUACCUGCAUUAUCAAGUUAGGCUGAGAGGUAACAACAUUUGCCCAAAGAUGUAUAGUGAGGGAUAGACUGGUUUGAAUUUAAAGUCUUACACCUCGUUACUUUUUAUUUUCAGAAUCACUAAGCCUUAAGUAAUGCAGCUUAAAACUUUCUUCUUGGCGGCGCCUGUGGCUCAAGGAGUAGGGCGCCGGUCCCAUAUGCCGGAGGUGGCAGGUUCAAGCCCAGCCCCGGACAAAAACCUAAAAAAAAAAAAAAAAAAAAAAACUUUCUUCUUAAUUAGAAGUAUGAAUCUGAUGGCACUUGGUAAUUUAUCUUUAUUACAAUUCUGGUUCCUUCUUUGUUCCUAUUAUCAAUAUAGGCAGUAUAUAUAUAUAUAUUUUUUUUUUGAGACACUCUCACUUUGUCACCCUUGGUGGGAGUGCCAUGGCGUCAUAGCUCACAGCAACUUCAAACUUUUGGGCUCAAGUGAUCCUCUUGCCUUAGCCUCCCGAGUAGCUGGGACUAUAGGCUCCCGCCAUAACACCAGGCUAUUUUUAGAGACGGGGUCUUGCUCUUGCUCAGGCUGGUCUCAAACUCCUGAGCUCAGGCAGUCCACCCACCUUGGCUUACAGGUGUAAGCCACUGCACCCAGCCAUUAGCCAGUACUUUUUUCACUAGCAAUUAUGCAAGCAAUUUUCACUAGCAAUAGCACCAUCACUGCACAUGUUCUUGGUAUUCUGAUUUUGUAAUAAUCAGGAUAGGCUAAACAUUCACUAUAUAAAAAAUAUAAAACAUUCACUAUAUAAAAUAGAUGUGUCUACAGACCUAAUUCUUUCCUAAGUUUGGUUUUAUAAAUUCUAGUGAUAAGCCAUGUCUGAUUUACUAUAUGAUCAUUUUGUUCAUUUUGUGUGAUUGUAUAGUUGCUGUGAUGUAGGUUAUCUUUGGUCAACCCUAAGAAAAAUGACAGUACAGUUAAUGUAAUAAAUAACUUUUGCCAGUAAUCAGUGCUAAUCUGCAAACUUUUGUCUAAAGGCAUAAUCAAAGUAGGGAAAUUUUAUGAUCACAGGUUGUCAUUAAAUGAACUAGCUUUUUGAGAAGAUGUAAGAAUUAACCAAACUUGGUAAGGAAUUAGGGGCUUGGCACCUGGAGCUCACAGCAACUUCAAACUUUUGGGCUCAAGUGAUCCUCUUGCCUUAGCCUCCCGAGUAGCUGGGACUAUAGGCUCCCUCCAUAACACCAGGCUAUUUUUAGAGACAGGGUCUUGCUCUUGCUCAGGCUGGUCUCGCACUCCUGAGCUCAGGCAGUCCACCCACCUUGGCCUCCAAGAGUGCUAGGAUUAAUUCAAGUUUGGUUAAUUCUUACAUCUUCUCAAAAAGCUAGUGGCUAGGGCGCCAGCUGCAUACUCCUGAGCUGGUGGUUCGAAUCCAGCCUGGCUACCAAACAACAAGGACAACUACAACCAAAAAAUAGCCGGGCAUUGUGGCAGGUGCCUGUAGUCCCAGCUACUUGGGAGGAUGAGGCAAGAGAAUCACUUAAGCCCAAGAGUUGGAGAUUGCUGUGAGCUGUGACACCAUGGUACUCUACUGAGGGCAACAUAGUGAGACUGUGCCUCCAAAAAAAAAAAAAAAAAAGGAAUUAGGAAAUGUUUACAGACCCUUUGACUUUGUAAGUUUGGAUGUGCAAAGGUAAUUGAUGAAGCUUCUCAGUUCAGUGAAAAUUCAGUCUUGGUACUGAGCUAGGAAGAGAGAAUGCAGAGUAAUUUUAAAAAGGGUAACUGUUUUGGGAGUUCAUGGUCUUGUAGCAGAGACUGGCAGUAAAUUGAAUGUCUCAGUAACUUCCAUAAAGGUCUCUAGGUUGUCUCUUCUCAUGACCUGUCUCCCUUCCCUCCCCUUUGGACAGUGAUCCCAGGGUUCUUUCCUAAGCAGCUGCCUUUUUACUUCACAUUUCAAAUUGUGACUACAUAUAAUUUCCAGUGAUUCUACUUAGAUGUCUUUCUUGUGCCCUAGACGUAUAGAUCUAAGCUCCACCUAGCUAUCAUGCAGAGCUAAACUCAAGUCUGUCCUAAACAGAACUUACACAUCCCCAACUCAGACUUGCUCCUCCUUUACCAGUGAAUGGCAACCCUGUAUUUUACCAAGCUGUAUCUAUAAGUCAUCAGCCUUGACUCUUCCUUCCAUUUCUUAUAAAUGCCAAGUCCCAUCAAUUCUGCUUCCUACCUACUUGCAUGUUAAAGCUUUCAUGUCUAUUACCUCUGUAUUAUUUCAACUUUUGUGUUGGCAUCUACUGAGAGAUAGACUAGGUCAAGGCUACCCUGUUUAUUGCAAAUUGGGACAGGUAAGAGUACCAACCCCACUUAGGAGUUCAAGUUGGAUCUGUCUGAUGGGAAGGAAAUCCCUGAUUCACAAUGGCUAUGGCACAGGGUGGUACCCUUUGUAAAAAUGGGGUAAGGUGGACACUGGUUUUCAUUCCUUUUGCAGAUUCUCAUAGUAACCUGGUAGAACAUACAUUGGCACCAUGUCCUCUGCCAGUUACUUCCUUAUGUUUCCCUAAUUCCCUGCAGAUUUACUUGGCCGCUAAGAAAAGAGGGUCUUUAUCAUCUGUGACCCUUUUUCCCAAGGAAAUGGGAAAAUUGGGGUGGGGUAACAUGGAGAGGAAAUGCCAUCAUGAAAGUACCGGGAAGAGUUGGGUUAUUCAGAUUGCAGGACAAAUCAGGCCCUGCACCACUAUAGCUGAUUCUGAGAAUGGGCCAUCAAUGUUCUUUUAGCCAAAAGGCUUUAUUUCAAUCCUUUUCAUUCUAAACAUAGAAUCUGGAUCUUUAUACCUGAUUGGGUUCCAUCCCCUUUAAAUCAUUUUAGAAAGACAGGUUAAAUACAAGUUCCUUUUCAAUCUAAACAUUUACAAUUGACAUUCUUUCCCCUAGCAUACACUUCAUGCUUUGAUUCUCAACUGUAAUCACCCUUGCCCUUUUGCUUCUGUUCUUCCUGGCCUGGUUAACGGUUUUUUUUUCUUUUUUUGAGACAGUCUCACUGUGUUGCCGUGGCAUCACAGCAACCUCAAACUCUUGGGCUUAAGUGAUUCUCUUGCCUCAGCCUCCAGAGUAGCUGGGAUUACAAGCGUCCGCCACAACACCUGGCUGGCCAGAGCCGGGUUCAAACCUGCCACCCUUGGUGUAUGUGGCCUGCGACCUACCUACCACAGGGACCACCAUGGUUAAUGUUUAUUUACUUUCAUUAUUCUUACCUACAGGCUGGGGGGAUGACAUUACAGUCCUUAGUGUGCAAACUCCUUGAGGGCUGGGAUCUUCCGGUUUCCUUAGCCAAUACCGAACCUAACCUUAAAGCAUUUACUUAUGAAAGGUAACUCCUAAAAAUACUUUUGAGGUUGUUCAAGAUUCUGCAGCCCAGUAACAUGCCAGGUUCAGGUUCCCAAGUUUGAGCAAAUUAAAAAUUUUGUUAAUAGUCUGCCAAACCUUCCCUCUCUCCACACAAAAAUUCUAGGGUCUUAAUCCUCCAGGCAAGCAGACAGAAAAAAGUAGGCUUUCCCUAGAUCUCAACAUUAAGAUAGUGCUGGUAGAAAUUUAUGCCAAAUAGCUUUAGAUUCAAGAUUAACGUGGUUCAUGAACUUUGAGACAAAAGUAUCAAGCUGUGGCCCUCAGUAGAAUGCCAUGGCGUCAUAGCAGGUUCAAGCAAUCCUCUUGCUUUAGUUUUUAUAUUUUUAGUAGAAACGAGGGUCUUGCUCCGGCUGGUCUCGAACUGAAGCGAUCCACCCACCUUGGCCUACCAGAAUGCUAGGAUCCUAAGUUUAUGAGCCACUGCACCCAUCCCUUCAUGAAUUUCUUGCUGAGGCAGUCCAAACUCUUGUUACCUUGGGUAGAAUACUGUGGCAUUGCAGUUCACAGCAACCUCAAACUGUUAGGCUCAGAAAAGUUGAUCGUGCUUCAGCCCCCAAGUAGCCUGAACUACAGUCUGACUCUAACUCAGACUGGCCUCAAACUCUUGAGCUCAAGCAGUCUACUAGCCUUAGCCUCCCAAAGUGCUAGGAUUAUAGACAUGAGCCACCUGGCCCAGUUCUAUUUCAUGGAUUUUCUAUACUAACUCCCAUAAAUGAAAUUUAGAGUUAAAACCUCCUUUUGUAAAGUUAUAGUAGUUUCAAGAUAGAUUGUGUAUGGACUUAGAAAUUUUCAAAUGUACCCAAAAUGAAAUUUAUAGCCUUUUAACAACCUAAUUUAUAUAGGGUUGUCAAGACUGACCAUCACUACUCAAACCCUUAUUGUUUUUGAGUCACAAAUCUUUGGUUGUUAAAGCCUAUUAAUAGCAGUGAGUGGCUGCUGGAGUAAGGGCACAUGUGAAUUGAGGCCUGUGCAUUGACUAGGAAGUAUCUUAUUCUUAAUGUCAGCAAUAAGAUUAAACAUCAGAGGGCCCAAGGCUUGAGGCUUUCCUGAAUUAAUGGAUUAAGAUUACAAUUACUCAGGGUUAAUAAAGGUACAUAAUGUUCUCAAAUCAUAUUCAUGCUAAAGCACUUUCAAAGAAUGGACACAAUUAAGGUAGAACCUAGCAUUUUAUUUAGAUCUUCAUUAAACUGUUGGAAUUGAGAACCAGACAUACGUAAUAAACCUCCAAAAAUAGAUCCUGAAAGGCACUUUCUGCUUAGGGCAAGCAGUCAUGGAAUAAGCAUGUAAACAAGCUGGCUUCUCUGUACCACACCAGCCAAGUCAGCUUUCUCCAUGGCCAGCUGCACCAGCUCUGCCCUCCCUUCUGUUAACACCAGCCAGACCCCCUGUAGGUCUAACCCAAGGUUUUUCUGUAGGACACCUUGGCCUACCUGGGAAUGCUGGAAACAUGUUAAAGGAAUCAUGGUGUUGAGAGAAAAGAAACUUUUAAAAGCUGCCAUCUGAGGUGAUGGCUUCUCUGUACUUACGCCAUACCCCAGAAUACAAUAAAUAAGCAAUUAGAAAACGUUCAAGUAUGAAGGGAUUUUCUCCUCCCCGCCAAAAGCACUGCUCUCUGAAGGAAGCUGGUUUCUCUGUAGCUACACCAGCUGUUCAGAAAGCUCAUUGGACCUGGUUUUGAAAAUAAAACAAAGUUAAAACCC